CCUCUCCUUCUCUCCUUCCCUUUCUCUCCUUCCUCUCAGCCUCCCUCCAGCCCGGGCAGAGGAGGAAAUAUUACAAUGUUGCAAGCUGACGUAAGGACAUUGCGAGGCGAGGGCUACAUUUCGGCGUGUUUAUGAAAAAGCCAGCCUCGGUACUGUACUGUCACCAGGGGGCAUGCCGUAGGAAGAGGAGGAGGAGGACGACGAGGAGGAGGAGGCAGGAGCAGCAGCAAAGCAGCGCGCCCCGCAUUGAGGAAUCAGGACCAUCCAGCGGGCUUCGGGACCAAGGGAAGGCGGGGGAAAGGCACGCCGAAGGGGAGCCAUGCGGGCAAACUUCGGGCGGAUUUUCGCCCUGACAUUGGCCGCCCCUCGUCCUUGAAGCGCGCGCCUUGGAUUUGUUUUGCUGCCGUCGCCACCGCCGCCGCCACCGCUGCUGCUGCGCCUCCUCCUGCCGAUCUCCCUUUCCCCUCCCUUCCUCCCUUGCAUCGGGCCUGGAUCGGAUCUGAUCGGCUGCAGGGAUCCGAGGAGGAGGAGGAGAAGAAGAAGAAGGCGCCUUCCUUGCCUGCCUUCCCCGCCUCGCCUCGCCUGGCGCUGCCGCCCCUUCUCCUCUCUCUCUGUGUGUGUGUCUCUCUCUCUCCCUCCCUCCCUCCCUCCGCGCCUCGGGAGUCCGGCGUUGUUUUGAAGGGAGCUAACAUGGCGACGGUGCCCGUCUAUUGCAUCUGCCGGCUGCCCUACGACGUAACCCGCUUCAUGAUCGAGUGCGACGCCUGCAAGGACUGGUUCCACGGCAGCUGUGUUGGUGUAGAAGAAGAUGAGGCACCAGAUAUUGAUAUCUAUCAUUGUCCAAACUGUGAGAAAACCCAUGGAAAAUCGACUUUGAAAAAGAAAAGAAAUUGGCAUAAACAUGACACAGGUCCAACUACAGAAGUCAAACCUGUCCAAAAUGGUAGUCAGGUCUUCAUCAAGGAACUCCGAAGUCGAACAUUCCCAAGUGCUGAAGAUGUGGUAAUAAAAUUGACUGGAAACCAGCUAACAGUUGAGUACAUGGAAGAAAAUGGAUUCACAGAACCUAUUCUUGUUCCGAAGAAGGACGGUUUGGGCAUAUCAGUUCCUGCACCAACGUUUUAUGUCAGUGAUGUUGAAAACUAUGUCGGACCAGAAAGGAGUGUUGAUGUCACAGAUGUCACCAAGCAGAAAGACUGCAAGAUGAAGCUAAAGGAAUUUGUUGAUUACUAUUACAGCACUAACAGGAAACGAGUCCUCAAUGUAAUUAACUUGGAAUUUUCAGAUACAAGAAUGUCCAGUUUUGUAGAAUCUCCUGACAUAGUCAAGAAACUCUCUUGGGUACACAAUUUUUGGCCGGAUGAUGCUUUGCUGGCAAAACCAAAAGUGACCAAAUACUGCCUGAUCUGUGUGAAGGACAGCUAUACAGAUUUUCACAUAGACUCCGGUGGAGCCUCUGCCUGGUACCAUGUCCUAAAAGGAGAAAAAAUAUUUUAUCUCAUCAAGCCAACCUCUGCAAACAUUUCCCUUUAUGAACGCUGGCAGUCAGCAGCCAACAAUAGUGAGAUGUUUUUUGCUGAUCAAGUGGAUAAAUGUUACAAAUGCACAGUGAAACAAGGACAAACACUUUUUAUCCCAUCAGGAUGGAUUUAUGCAACUUUAACUCCUGUUGACUGCCUAGCUUUUGCAGGGCAUUUUCUACAUAGCUUAAGUGUUGAAAUGCAAAUGAGAGCCUAUGAAGUUGAAAGACGAUUAAAAAUUGUCUGUUUAACCCAAUUUCCUAACUUUGAAACGGCAUGCUGGUAUACAGGAAGACACAUGCUUGAAUCAUUCAAAGCAUUGCACAAAGCUGGAAAGCAGCCUGCUCCUCAUUUAGUCCAAGGAGCAAAAAUUCUCAAUGGCGCUUUCAGGUGUUGGACGAAAAAGCAGGCUUUAGUGGAACAUGAAGAUGAACUCCCAGAACAUUUUAAACCAGCACAACUCAUUAAGGACCUUGCCAAAGAAAUAAGAUUAAGUGAGAAUGCGUUGAAAGUCACCAAACCUGAAGUGAGUGCCAGUGUGAAUGUUGAAGAGGUCAGCCCAGUGGAGAAAGAAGAAGCACCAUUGCCAGCACCAGAGACGCCACCACCACCUCCUCCCCCACCAUCACCACCUCCUCCACCACCACCAGUUGAAAAAGCCCCUAAAAAGAAGACUCCAAAAGCAAUGAAAGAACCUAAGCCCUCAAAACUGGCCAAACCUCCCAAGCCCCCAAAACCUCCCAAGCCCCCCAAGCCUCCCAAGCCUCCAAAGGUACCAAAAGUGAAGGGUGAAGGGAAGAAAAAAGGCAAAAAAGCAAAAGAAGUUCCUUCUCCACCAGCCAUUCCUAACUUGGACCUGCUUGAGGCUCAUACAAAAGAAGCCCUAACUAAAAUUGAAACACCAAAGAAGGGAAAGGCUGCCAAGAAUCCUGUGAGUCCCCCUCCUAAAGAACCAGUAGAAAAGCAAAAUGAGGUGGAAAAGUUUGAAAUUCGUGAACAGAAUAAGACCAAAACAGAAGCAAAGUGGAAAUAUAAGAACAGCAAACCUGAUUCAUUAUUGAAAAUGGAGGAGGAACACAAGUUGGAGAAAACACCUUUAUCCGGAAACAAAGACAAUAAAUUUAUGUUUUCAUUUUCAAACAAGAAACUAUUGGGUUCAAAGGGAGUGAAAACUCAGUUGAAUCCUGGCAUAUUUGGAUCCCUGCAAAAUUUCAAAGAAGAUAAAACAAAGCCUGUGAAAGAUGAAUAUGAGUACGUUUCAGAUGAUGGAGAACUAAAGAUUGAUGAAUUUCCAAUUAGAAGAAAGAAAAACACCACAAAGAGAGAUUUGUCCUUUUUAUCAGACAAAAAAGAAAUUGCACAGUCCACACCAGUGAAGAAGCCAAAGGUAGAAUCUGCAUUGUACAAGAGUGAUGAUUCCUCAGAUGAAGAUUCCCUCCACAUUGACACAGAGGCCAAGCCAGGGCGCAACGCAAAAGGAAAAAAAGAAACUGGAAGCUCAGCAGGCAUCCUGGAUCUUUUGCAGGCAAGCAAAGAAGUUGGGGGUUUAGAGUAUAACACCAAUAGUCAGCCACCUGCAUCUCCCAGCACACAGGAAGCCAUCCAAGGAAUGUUGUCCAUGGCAAACCUCCAGUCUUCAGAUUCUUGCCUACAGCCUUCAUGGGGCAGCAACCAGGCCAAGAAUAACUCUAUGUCUGCCCCAAACUCCAAAAAAACUGGAAGCAGCAACAACAGAAAUGCAGGCAAGAGGUUACUCAAGAAGAGUGCAAAAAAUAACAUUACAAUUGAAGACUAUGAUGAGGACCAGGACCAUUUAGAUGCCUGCUUUAAAGAUUCUGAUUAUGUAUAUCCCUCCCUUGAAUCAGAUGAAGAUAAUCCAGUAUUCAAGUCCCGAUCAAAGAAGAGGAAAAGUUCAGAUGAUGCGCCAUAUAGUCCAACAGCAAGAGUUGGUCCAUCAGUUCCUCGGCAAGAUAGACCUGUCCGAGAAGGCACAAGAGUUGCCUCAAUUGAAACUGGACUGGCAGCUGCCGCCGCCAAGUUAUCCCAGCAGGAGGAACAAAAGGGCAAGAAGAAAAAGAACGCCAAAAAGAAAUUAUCACCCAACAAUGCAAAUAAACUCCCUCAGGAAGGCAGCUCUCCUGAACCCAAGCUGGAGUCCCACAGCAGUAGUUUAGCAGACCAUGAGUACACAGCUGGUGCAAGCACAUUUGGAGUGGCCCAAGUAAACAGAGGGCCUCAGCCCAUGGCUCCGGGAGUUUUCCUUACACAGCGGAGGCCAUCAUCAUCAUCACAGAAUAAUGCAGCUGCCAAAGGGAAACGUACAAAAAAAGGCAUGGCCACAGCCAAGCAAAGGCUUGGGAAGAUUUUGAAAAUCCAUCGGAAUGGAAAGCUUCUCCUUUAGAACGCAGCCACAGUUGGGACUGUAUCCAAGUUCAGAAUGCCCUGAGCUGACACUAACUCUUCAACUCUUGAAGGACCGCAGUAGUAUUGGGUGACAUCUUAGGGACAAUACCAGUUAACUUUUUGCCACCACUUUAAUAAAUUCUUUUUAACUUUCAGCAGUUAAACAUGUACAGAAUACUGCUAUAAAUAUUUUUUAAUAUAGAUGUCCUUUCUCAAAUUGCUGAGAGUGACUAGUUCGCAAAAAGUUAAUACUCCAAGAUGCUGAGGAUCAUUCCAGUUUUAGGAAAGUAUCCCUUUAACUUGUUUAUAAGUGAAGAAAAAGCAGUUGUUUUUAAAAGUAUGCACAUUAAUUUUCAGUUACACUUCAUUUAUCAAAGCUGUACCAAUUUUAAAGAGGUAUCUGGCUAAGUGGCAGGAGAUGAGAGUUUUUUUUAAAAAAUGCUCUAAUUGACUUGACUUGUAGAGAAAAGUGAUUUCUGCCAUUAUUGUGUGAUAAUACCUUCAAGAAGGAAAAUUGCAUAAUGCAAUAUUUGGUUUUCUUUACCCAGAUUAUGCUAAAUAUGUUUCGCUCAGAACAAGAAUUGAAAUUGCACUUCAGCACCACUAAAAAUGUCCCCUGUAACCAGACAUCAAAUGGCCAUGAGUAAAUUUAUUUAUUUUAUGUGCAAUCCAAGGUGAAUUCUUGAACAUAAUGGAUCACAAAUCAGAUCCAGUGGGGUUAUGAUUUGGGCAAAGUCUCAUAAGAGUCUCAUGCAGCUCUUUGAAAAAUCAGUGGGAUUUUUUUCUGUUGAUGCUUGACUACAUGUUCACAAAUAGAUUUCCAAUCUUCCUUUUUCUUAUCUAUAAGGGUUUUGCAGUUUUUAAAGCACUGGUUUGCAUGCUGUCCAUGCUCAUUAGCUCUGCUUUCGUCACUGCAAAUCAAUGUGUAAUAAAAGUAGCCUUGUUGGAAUUUUUUAAAAAAUAUACCCUUUGACAAAUAUCUCACAAAUGGAUGCGCAUAACUGGUGAAGGGGAAUUAUUGGCACUUCAGUACUGUCAGCCCUCUGUAUCCACAGAUUCUGCAACCACAGGUUUCACCAUCCAUGGGUUGAAAAUAUUCAAAAAGGAAAUUCUAAAAGACAAACCUUGAUUUUGCCAUUUUAUAUAAGGGACCCCACUUUACUAUACCAUUGUAUAUAAUGGGACCUAAGCCUCCAUGGAUUUAGGUAUCCACAAAGGUCAUAGAAUGAACCCCCAAUAGGUAGGGUAGUACAGGCCUACUGUAAGAUUUGAAAACAGGGACUGUGCUUGGAGGCACUUUUAAUGAAUUGUCAGCUGUACUAAAUGGGCUUAUUUACACAAUAGUUUCUCCUCCUACAUGUUGGUAGUUCAGGGUUCUUGUUUUGGAAUGAUGCCCAUUGUUCACUAGAGAUGAGGUGUCCUUGUUAUUUUGAAACUGAUUUGUAUGCUGAGAUCCCAUGCUUUACUUGCAGUGUUUGAAAUCAGUGGGGAAAACUUUUGUGGAAGAGAAGCCAGUGUUUCAGUUUCUCACAAAGAGUGGUGUAUUGGACUACAGGCAGAUCCUGUUCUUUUUCUGCAACAUUAUCUCCUGAUUUGGCUUCCCACAUGCAAUGGCAGCUAGUUACUUCUAUAUUUGUUGGAUGGGUUGUAUAGUGUGAACUUUAAGAGAGCUAUUGAAGGUGGUGAAACUAGGCCCAGAGUACAUUCAACACCUUGGAUAGCUUCUUUAAAAUUCAGACAAAAUCCAGAGCAAAUUCACCAGCCACUGCCACUACCAACACCUUAGUCUCCCCUUUUCAGUUAUUAUCACCAUAGUAUUGUGAGAUCUCACUGGGUAGAAAAGGCAAGAAUAUCACAAAGGUAAUAUAAUAUCUCAUGCUCAGAGUGCUGUGCAUGAUGAAUUAGAAGUAAGUUCUACUGCAUUCAGUAGAGUUUUAUCUCAAGUAAGAAAGUAGAAGAUUGCCAUGUUACUUGGUUAUCUUCUAGCUUUUUGGAAACUUGUCCUUAAGAUUGCUAUUACCUUGCAAUGACCUUUGAACUGUGUCUAAUGGUUCACACAUCAGUUCACGAGUGCACUAUUGUUGAUGCAAUCAUUUAUUUUCAAAAAGGCACUAAUCAAUUAGGAUUUCUUUCCCCCAGAACUUGCAAUGGUAUUUUUCAAUAAGUACUUAAUGGUUUAAUUGGUUACAAAACAAUGUCACAUCCCCUUUUUGUUGUGUGUUUUGUUACUUUUUAAAAAGAUAAGAAAAUGACUGCAUUAUUAGCCCUCCUCCCCAGUAAAGAGUAUGCCAGUCAUUAUUGUGGUGGCUGGAAGGAAUGUGUAAACCCCUGCACCAAAGCAAAGUAAUGUCCAUUUUUUAAAUAAAGAAGCACCAUAUUAACACCCCCUACCCCCAGGGUCUAUACUGAUUGCUAGUCAAAAGUAGAGAAGAUCCAUUGAACACAUUGCUGCAUGGUAACUCUACUCUUAUGCAAGUUCAGUUGAUUCUGUGGGCCUCCUUUAGUCAGGACCAGUAACUGGAUUUAGGCCAGUAUGUUACAGGGAACAUAUGUGGGCUACUUGUAGACAGUACUCCCAGCCUCCUCCUCUCCUUCUUUUUUUUCCAUUCAGCCUUGAUCAUGUACAAACCCAAGAAUUAAAUAAGCAAAGAAGUUGUCUUGGGACCACUGAGAAUACAAGCAAGCACAUCAUCUGCUCCAUUCCCCAAUCCUUCUUUGGGGAGGAGGAUGUGCAGUCAUCUGAGUGCUACAGAAAUGUGAGAUGAGCACAAGCUCUUUGAGGCUUUUUCCAAAAGAGAAGAGGAAAGCCCAUAAACCCAUUCAAUACCUGAAAUAUAAUGGCUCACCAUCUGGGCAAGCUUUGAUCCCAAGACAUGUGAUGAAAGCACAGACUGUGUGGUUCUGUCAGCGAUAUACCUAAGGCUUCUGGCAUCCAUAUCAAAGCACUUCCUAUCAGAUAUGUUCAUCUGCAGGAACAAGGCUGCAGUGUUAAGAUGAGAGCCAAGCUUAUUGACAGUUUAACUGGAUACUUGUUGUCUCUUCACUCUCUUAGUGUUUGGUGCAGAGUGUAUUAUUUGACAUCAAACCUGCUUGUCUGCAUAUCAACACUGAAGGAGUUAAAUUUGUUUCUCAGGCAAUCCCAGGUUUUCAUUUAUAGAUACGUUUCCUAAAGCAUAUUUUUUCAUAGAAUGUAGCCUGUAAAUAGCUUUUUAAAAUACCUUCUUUUUAUAAGAGCAAAUUAUCUUUAGGCAUUUCUUUCUAUAGAAUAAUUCAUUAAUCUUUAUACAAGUUUUUUGCUGAGUAUUACGAACAGUUGUAUUUUAGGUUCUUGACUCUAAGAGAGAAACUUUGGGUUUGGUCCUUGUUUUUAUUGCGUUGUAUUUCCUUUCUUAAAAAAUAAAAUUUGGCAUUGCCUGAAAAACAAUGAAAACUUUGUGCAGCCUUAUAAAGAAUCAGUUAUUCGUACAAAAUAAAAAAAAUGAUCUAUUUAAGACACAUUAUGAAGAAGAAUCUUCAAACUUUAUGAUACCAGCUCCUUGUUUCAAUUCUUGUAUUAUGAGAGGAUACAAUUAUUUUAUUAGCACCUUGUGAAGUGUUUCUGUGUUUUGUGAUGAUGUAAUUUAUUAAUGUUUGUAGCUUUUUAUAUUUGUACAUUUCUUAUGAGCUUUGUUUAUAUACACAUUACCUGGAUGUGAUGUCCAUGAGGAAAAAAAACAGCUACAGAAGACAACUGAGGCCUUAUUAACUAACCUUUCUACAGUAAUGAUGUUGAGGCUGGGUCAGAACUCUAGGAGACAAAAAAACGUUAGUUGAAUAGGGCCCCAGGGUUAUGGCGAGCAGGUUUUUUUAAGCUUCCCUAGUAUCUUGUUCUUGUCAAGCAUUUCUAUAAUAUAACGCAGACAUCAUGCUGGUUUUUUAUUAUUAUUAUUAUUGUUAUUGUUAUGAUUAUUAUUAUUAUUAUUUUCGCAACAUGUACAUUUCUAACAAAGUUUAUUGUGGCUAUCUAUUACAGUGUUUUAUUUACUGAUUCAUAUCAAAUGCUCUUGUAUCAAGUCCAUGAAAUCUAAGUAAACUUAGAUCAAAAUUUUAAAAGUAAAAUAUUUCAGGUUUUGUAUA